AUGAAUACCCAGACACGUGGAACAGAGAGUACCAAUGGUGACGUCUUUAUCAAUCAGGACAACAAAGAUGAAUCCAGCUCUAGGAUGGAAGGUUUUAUCAAUAAUGAAUUCAACUGUGUAUUAAAUGCGAAGGGACUGUCUGAAGGACAGGUUGAUGCAGAAGGAGGUUCGUUAGGAAAUGAAGAGAAUCCUGCUCAUAGUGGGGGUGGGCAUUUGUCGGUCUUGAAACAAAAAGAGAAAGAACUCUUCGAUGAAGUAACUGUAAAGACUUCAGUACUAGAACAUCUUGAACGAGAAUUGGAACUGAUGAAGGAAGCAACUGAAAUGGCAUCUAAUAACCAACAUUCUGUUGACUUCUACAUUGACCAGUUGAAUGAACAAGUACAAGCUAAAAGGAAUUACCUUUUAAAUUUGGAGUCUGAGUGGGACGCUGUAAGAAAACCCUUGGAGGAGAGAAAGGAAAGUCUUGAGGAGACUCUCUAUUCAAACAACCCAGAUGCACUAAAAAUGCUUCUAAAGAUGAAAGAAGUGCAGCAGGAAGAACAGUUCAUUUUAUCUGAAAUUAUGAAGAGGGAGGAGGAACCUUUUAAACUUUCUGCAGAUCUUGAGAAGCAGCAGAAAAUAGCAUCCAGGAAAUCCUACACUGACAGGAUAAAGGAGAUUACAAAAAAUAGUCGGAAACAAGACAUCGAUAUUGACCGGAUCUUGAAAGAUACUAGGGAUGUUCAACUGGAGAGUAAUUUUAUUCAGGAACGCUUGCACCGAACCUAUGCUGUCGCUGACGAAAUGGUCUUUAGGGAAGCAAAGAAAGAUCCAACAGGACUGCAGGUUUACAGGCUCCUGGUUAGCAUCCACCAAGGUUUUGAACAAAUAUCUGAGAAAAUUCUGGCAACCGAUAGAAUUAAAAGAGAAGUAGCUGAAUAUGAAGCAAAACUGGCUGCUGCGACUUCCCAGAGCUUGGAUGUUAGUGAACUAAAAGCUAAUCUUGAUACCAUUAUCAGGGAAAAGGAAUAG